UCUCUCUCUCUAUCCCUCUCUAGAUCUCUUCUCUCUCUACCACUGUUUUCCUUUUUGGAUCUCCAAAUGCUCACCGAUUUGGUCGUAUCCUUGAAUCUCUCUCUCUUGCGGUUCUCUCCUUACUCUUCUCUGAAGCUCAGUUCGAGUGCAGCUCCGUUCUUCAGAGAGGUUGUUGUUGCUAGUUGUUAGCAUUAUAAUGAUUUGGAAGACAUACAGUGGAGAGAGUUGCAUUCGAGUAGGAAUUGGGGUAUGCAGAUUUGCUUGUCCGUUGAGAAACCAUGGAAAGUGACAGGAAAACUUCUAAUCCUUUGGAUGGUCUCGGUGAUAAUAUUCAGAAAAUCCGAGCUCUCCAUGGGAGGACUAGCGGCCCUACGAGGCGUUCAACUAAAGGGCAGUGGACACCUGAAGAGGAUGAGAUUUUGGGGAGGGCAGUUCAGCGCUUUAAAGGGAAGAACUGGAAGAAAAUAGCGGAGUGUUUUAAGGAUCGGACAGAUGUGCAAUGCCUCCAUAGGUGGCAGAAGGUCUUGAAUCCAGAACUUGUCAAAGGUCCAUGGUCUAAAGAGGAGGAUGAGAUAAUAGUUGAAUUGGUUAACAAAUAUGGGCCAAAGAAGUGGUCCACCAUUGCACAGCAUUUACCUGGACGUAUUGGUAAGCAAUGCCGGGAAAGGUGGCACAAUCAUCUUAAUCCUGCUAUAAACAAAGAGGCAUGGACUCAAGACGAGGAGUUAGCUCUUAUUCGUGCUCAUCAGAUCUACGGGAACAAAUGGGCAGAGCUGACAAAAUUCUUGCCUGGAAGGACAGACAAUUCUAUAAAAAAUCAUUGGAACAGUUCUGUGAAAAAGAAAUUGGAUUCCUACUUGAAAUCCGGUUUACUGACGCAGUUCCAAGGCCUGCCUCAAGUUGGACAUCAAAACCAACCCAUGCUUUCAUCUUCUAUGAGGAUCCAGAGUAGUGGAGAUAGUGGUCCAAAAGGGACAGAAGCAGAGGAAAUUUCAGAGUGCAGUCAAGAGUCAACUGUUGCCGGUCACUUUCAUUCUGCAAAUGAAAUGGCCAAUGUGGUGGUACAUAAGAGAGAGGAAUUUCAGAGUACUGAAGUAUCUGGUUCAGGAAAGGAGCCAAACUCCAGUCCAGCGUCUUGCUCAGAACCAUAUCAUCCAUCUUUGGAGGAUCCUGCUUUUUCCAUGAUGGAAAUAUCUAAUGACAUAGGUUGCAUUACCAAAUUCCUUCAGCAGAAUUUCUCACAUGAUGGUGAUUGUUCUAUUAGUGGCGAUUACCAGUUUGAUUUACACGAGAUACAUAACAUUUCUUCACUAGAACGGGAACCAGCAGGGAUGCAUUCACAUUGUUUGGCUUCCAACGAGGGCCAUGAAAUGACUAAUGUUCCAUUACAAACUUCUGAAGAGAUAGCCGCUUCUACUUCCAUGGGGAAUAUGAUCAGGCUCACGGGUUCUGAUAAACCACAAAUCAUGCUGAUAUCCGACGAUGAGUGUUGCAGGGUCUUAUUUUCAGAAGCAAUGGACAAUGAGUGUUUUCCCUCUGGAAAUCUUGAUUUAGGUGGAUUCACUGGUCCAUUACUUUGCCAAUCAUCUAACAUUCAGAUAUCUGAAGAUGGAGCUGCAGCUUCACAAUUACAUGGUCCUUUAAGCUCCAAUGUAACAGGCACUUCGUUCUCUCAGUCAUUCUUAUGCACUCAAGUUUCUGCUGAUGAUGGUCCAAUUAUGGUCGGUGGCAAGUCCAAUCAUUUAUUUGGAGUUCAAGAGCAAGAUUAUGCCACCUGUUCCCGUGAUGGAUUCAUCUUUACCAAUGAUUCUGCCAAUUCUCCUUGCGAUGAUGGUAUAGAUAUGACAGAAAUGCAAGAAGAACUGGAUACAGUAAAAGCUCCUUCAAAAUUAGUCCCUGUAAAUAGUUUUUGUUCAAGAUCAGAUACACAAACUUGUUCCACGGAUGCUCAACCAAAUGUGCACAAAGAAGAGCAGGAUGCAGGAGCACUAUGUUACGAGCCUCCUCGCUUUCCAAGCUUUGAUGUUCCUUUUUUUAGCUGUGAUCUUGUACAGUCUGGUGGUGAGAUGCAGCAAGAAUAUAGCCCUCUCGGUAUUCGGCAGCUGAUGAUGUCUUCUAUGAACUGUCUCACUCCAUUUAGGUUAUGGGAUUCGCCAACUCGUGAUGGUAGCCCUGAUGCUGUACUAAAAAGUGCAGCUAAAACUUUUACAGGUACACCAUCCAUUUUGAAGAAGCGACACAGAGAGUUCUUGUCCCCAUUGUCAGAUAGAAGAAAUGACAAAAAGCUAGAGACUGACAUGACCUCCAGGCUGAGCAAAGAUUUUUCACGUUUAGAUGUUAUGUUUGAUGCUUGUGUGGUUAAUAAAAGAUCUUCACAAUCCCCAUCAUCUAAGCAGAAUAGGGACUCUUCACAGGUGACUGAAGAUGAAAAAAAAGUUCAUAAAGUAAAUGAAGGCAAUAAAUCUGAACAAGAAUGUCAGAAAGCUAGUGAUAAUACUUCACCUUCUGGGGACAGAAAUUCAGGUAAAGUCGUUAGCAAUAAUGAAUACCAGGAGAACAAAGAGCAAGGAGCAGCUGAUGUUGAUGAUAAGACCAAGAAUGCUGUUAAUUCCACUUCCCAACCCCCUUCCGGAGUUCUUACCGAACAUAAUAUGAACGAUCUACAAUUAUUUUCUCCUAAACAACAUGAUUUCAGAGCUGACAAAGUAUUUGCUUCAAUUUCUAGAACUUCAAGAAAUCAUCUCAAAAGAUUUGAACCUACACCAAGUAAAGAGAACCCUUCGAAAUCAUCAUCUGGAAAGGCGAUACCUUUUACCUCACCUUCCAUAAGCAGGAAGAAGGUUGAAAGUUUGCCUGUUGCAGAGACGAGUGCACAACAUGAUCCUUCAUCAGUCCUCAUGGAGACUGUGGGUUGUACUGCUGGGAGAGAUGCCACAAUUGAAACUUUUAGCAUAUUUGGUGAAACUCCAUUUAAAAGAAGUAUCGAGUCCCCUUCGGCAUGGAAGUCCCCUUGGUUCAUCAACUCCUUUGUACCUGGCCCGAGGAUUGAUACUGACAUCACAAUUGAGGAUAUAGGGUAUUUAAUGAGCCCAGGAGAUAGAAGUUAUGAUGCCAUUGGGUUGAUGAAACAGAUAAGUGAGCAAACUGCAGCUGCAUAUGCCAACGCACAGGAAGUUCUCGAAAGUGGAACUCCGAAAACAUUAUUGAAGGAAAUAUUUAAUCGUGACACACAGGAGCAGGAUAACAAUCAGCAAGGAACUCGUUCAAAUAUGCCUCAAAAUAUUUUGGCCGAGUGUCGCGUCCUCGACUUCGGUGAAUGUGGAACUCCCGGGAAGGGAGCUGAACAUGGGAUUGCUAUCGGCUUCUCAAGCCCCUCUUCUUAUCUGCUGAAAAGUUGCAGAUGACGAUUUCUUAUGGCCAUAAACGUGUAAUGUAUUUUAGUAUUUAAUCUAUACAUAUCUAAAAAAAAUUGGUGGUAAACCCCGUUUUUGCUUUUUUCUUUUUUUCCUUGGUUAUAGCUUUAGUUUCUUGUUUCGCCAUUCUAAAACUCGUUUAUUACGCCCUUUAGUUUCUUGUUUCGCCAUUCUAAAACUCGUUUAUUACGCAUGUAUUCUUUUUGUGUUUAGCCUUUUGGCUUGAAUUGUAUAUGAGGAAAUUGAAACCUGAAGUAAUCAGACCAACAUUAUUGACUGUUAUUUGCACCAUAGUACCGU